CUUCUUAUUCCUUUUUUACUAAUACAUGCUAAGUUGAUAGAUAGAGAUGAAAAUUGCUAAAAAAGACUAAGUGUGUUUUUCUUCUAUAGAUUUACAAAGAAUAUUGAAUGCUAAUACACUCCAGACUAACUACUUACUCACAUUUCCCUUCUUCUCCUCACAAAACUUCAUAUAGUUAUUUGGUAAUAUAUUGUUAAUUUGUCUACUUUAGCUCGCUUGUAUGUAUAAUAAAAGCUAAACUUAGUUAGCAUAGUUAUUUUUCCCGUCCAAUUCUAACACUUUCCUUCGAUGGGAGCAUUCCAAAUUAACGACGUUGAUCACCCGCCUCUUGAAAUUGCACCCGCCUACUCAACAAAGGUUUUACGGUUAUCAAACCUCCAUCAACUGCCACCUACCGUCCAAGAAGAUUAUUAGAUUUUCUUCCGAAGAGAACAAGUUGAAUAUGUUUCUCCCACUUCGAACUUUUCCUGCACAAGCCAUAAGGUAUUCUCAUCACAUCAACCUUUUUUUUUUUUUUUAAGUAACACAUACUUAUACGUAGUAUUUUAGUAGACUGGCAACUUAAUAUUCCAAUUCAGGACAAAUACCCUUAUAAUAUAAACCACUACCAAUUUAGAGACAAAAGGCACUGAUAACAACCUCUAUAUAUGCACUAAUUACAUUUUACAUAACUUAAUCUAAAACUUUAACAAACAGAAAAGUUGUUGCGUAUGCUCUGCCUUUUUACUACAUUUGCAUAGUUUCAAACAGACUGAACACUGAAUUAACAUUACUAUUCAUUUAAGAAAUAGAUCUGCUUCUUCUUGUAUUUACGGUUGCUAUUUACAAAAAACAGCAACGCCGUUAGCAUUUUAAUGGUUACAUUUUCCAAACCUAUAAAGAAUGCCUACAUGUUGUUCGACAAAAAACCUCUUACACAAAAAACCUCGUUUUACAGUUGCAUAUCUCUAUGCUUAGGUGGUAUAUAUUUUUUAAAGAUCAUUUUUAAUAACAUGAUGAUGGCAUGUUUUCCUUAUUGAUCCCUAUGAGCACUUCCCACUGUCCCUGGUUAAUUUAGUAAAUCCCAUUGGACCCUUGGUAUUUGUUAAUGAUCUCAUCCUAACUCUUAUAGUCUUAUUCAGCACAUGGCCUCAAAGCAAACAUUAAGAUAAGUAUAUAAUUAAGCAUUUAAUCGGUUGGUGACGUUGAGAGCUGUCUCUCGCGAACCCCUCGUGGUUUGUUUCUUCCCAACAGAAUUAUCACUUCUCUUUGGUAAUCUUCUCCAUUGAUCUCUUGUUUUGAGCUUGGAUAUUAGUCAUAUUACCUUCAAGUCUUCUUUGGAGAGUAAUAUUUCUAAUUUUUUAGCCCUGUCCUGAGAGUUUUGGUCAAGAAACUGAAAUCGUAUUCUCCUAGUUACUGUUCCCCUACGAAGGUCAACACAUAAAACUCAUUAUUUACUCACUCGAUUUUGGAUUGGGGCUUGGUUUUAGCUUGUCCUAAGGGUGGGGAUCAAGCAUAUCAACUCUAUUCCAUCAUCAAGGUAAUCCGUACAUCUAGCUACUGUUCACUCCAGACUCCAUUGAUACGGAUUCUAAGCUCAAAAACAAGGUACUUCAAGCGUAACCUUGUUUAGGAGGGGUUGCUACUAUUAGCUUCCCCUUCCAUGGUUUGUUAGCUGGUCUAUCCAUCAUGCCAAAGCUCACGGGUAAGAAGGAGAAAAAGAAGGAGGUGCUACAACCUACAAAAUCAUCAUCAAGACUUAAGGAAAAAGCUCAAGCAAGGGAAAUGGAGGAUGCAAUCUCGGCUAUGGACCAAAUAAGUGAUUCGGAGUUUGAGGACGAAAUCCAAAAGUGUGAGGCUGAAGAUUCGUCCAAACUGGAAAAGGUGUUAGAAGAAGGAGGUGAGGUAAACUCUUCACCUCUUAUAAAGAAUGAUGUUGUUGUGAAAACUAUUGAUCAUAGCAGAGAGGUGAAUGAACCUAUUAUGGAAAUUGUUGUUGAACCUACUGUGAAAACCGUGCAUACUGGUAAUGUGGAGAACCAACAUGACCCGAUGGCUAACAUUGAUGCCUAUGCUGUGCCACUGGGGAACUCGAUGGUGACAAAUCCUCUUAGCUUGAAGGAGACAGUGCCUAAACAACCAUUUGCCUCACUUUUCAAAGAUAAUAGGGAACCAAGCAAAGGCAUGAAAUUGAGAUACAUUGAACCGGUUGGUGAGUUUAUUGACUUGUCAAAAAGGAUCAUGCCAUCUAUUACUGACUUAUGGGGGUUUUGUUUGGUAGGCUACUUUGCUGGGAGGUUCCCCGGUAUAAGGCCCAUACAAGAGUUUGUUGCUAAAUGGGGAGUUCAAUGCCAUAUUAGGCAACAUGAUCGAGGUUGGGUUAUCUUCAAGUUUAACAGUGAGGAGGCAAGAGGUAAAAUAUUGAUGGAGGGGCCUUAUUCGCUAUUUGGCAAGUCACUCUACUUAAAAGUCCUCUCGGAUGACUUUGCAUUUGAUAGUGAGGAAUUCCUAAAGGUUCCUAUUUGGGUAAAGUUCCCCUUCUUACCUAUGCAAGUGUGGGAUGAGGAGGUUAUUAGUGAGAUUGCCUCACGGGUUGGCCUCCCACUCACUACGGACCGAGUUACACAAGAAAAGGCUAGAUCCAACUUUGCAAGGGUACUAAUCGAGGUGGAUGCUUCUAAGCCUUCUCCCCUACGGCUAAGAAUUAAAAUGCCUAAUGGAAGAUUUCAUUAACAAAAGGUGAUCUAUGAAACUUUUCCAAAUUAUUGCUUUCAUUGUAAAACGUAUGGGCAUCAUGCAUUCACGUGCAAGACUAUUGCCGAACUUGAGAGAAAGGAAAAAGAAGCAAGGAUCAAAGCAAUGGAAGAGGGGGAGGAUCAACCGAAACUAAUUGAAGAAGUUGGGGAAUUGGGAGAAAAAUUACUUACUAAUGAUGUGGAAAUUGAGGAUGGGGGUCUGGCCACAGUUGAGAUUAAUGCCGAGGCAGGGAAAGCUGAGACAACCAAGGUAGAUCCUAAAGCCGUGGCAAGCAAGGCACCUAAGGGGGAAAAAAUCCACACCCUUUUUUAAUGAAAAGAAGGUUGAAAAAGAAAAACCAACAGCGAGAAAGAAACAAGGCUAGAAAGAAUGGAGGUUUGAGCACUAACCAAAGCUAUUAUGAGGAGGAAGGGGACGAACGAAUCAUAAGGGCAUUCGAUGAUACAUAUGACGAUGAAGUCAUAUGUGAAAUGGUAACGGAUGAGGUUAUGACUCCUGCUCUCAAAGUCAAACACAUAGAUGAUGUCAAAGAGCCUAUUAUUCGGCUGGACCACUACCUUAGGGUGGUAAAGGAAACGGAUCCCGGAAUAUGGUUCACCCAAAGUUGUUUGGAGGGAUUACCAGGAGUAAGCAAGAAUAAGGAUGGCUAUGGAUUUUCGACAUGCUUCAUAAGUGGUGUGCUUAGACAUUACCUUUAUAGGUAUUAUGAGGAUGGUAACCCGGGAGGGAAUGGAAGUAAGGUGAUGGACAUGAAAAAAUACAAAGGGAGAGAAAACCGAGUUGUAUAUGACAUAAAGGAGGUCUUCCGAGAUGAUGUCAUUACAAAAAUUGUUUUCAAAGAAAAGGGGCCUAAUGAAAUACACUUGAUGCAUGGUGAACUUGUAGAUGAGGAAAUGACAAGGUUGGAUAACUACCUAGCCGUGGAGGACAACUUUAGGAGGGACGGACUGACAUUUACUACCUCAUGUUUGAAGUCUCUUCCGGGCAUACAAUACACGGAUGAAAGAAUACCGCCAAUGGAUACAAAGGACAAGGGAAACCAGUAGGCAAUACCGCCAAUGGAUACAAAGGACAAGGGAAACCAGUAGGCUGCCAAGGAAAGGAGGGGGAAACCAAAACAUCUUUAAUGGUUUUAGCUUCUUGGAAUGUGAGGGGGCUUAAUAAAGCCUCAAAACAAAACACAAUAGUUAAUUUUGUGAGAGUAAAUAAGGUACGUAUAUUCUGCCUCCUUGAAACUAAAUUGUCUACUACUACAUUUGACAAUUUCAUGAAGUUUAGAUUUAAUUCUUGGUUGUCCAUUACUAAUUUUGAUAAGAUUGGUGGUGGUAGGAUUGCUAUCAUUUGGGAUCCUAGUUUUAUUGACGGGGUUAUUUUACAAGUAGAAAAACAACAUGUGCAUGCUAGGUUUACGUGUAGAAUUACACAACUACCUUUCUAUACCACUUUCGUUUAUGCAUUAUACACGGUUGUCGAAAGGAGAGAGCUUUGGGAUCAUAUCUCUCUACUUGGGACAAAUAUAUUAGGGCCGUGGGUUGUACUGGGUGAUUUUAAUUGUGUGGGGUCUCCAAGUGAGAGGAGUGGGUCUGCCCCCCCUUCGGGUUAUGCUAUGAAGGAUCUCAAUGAUAUGAAAAUCCAAUCAAAUCUUAGUGAUGCACCUUCUACCGGUGAACUCUUCACUUGGCAUAGGCGUUCAAUUUGGGCUAAGUUGGAUAGAGUGCUUAUCAACUCUUUUUGGUCCACACAAAAUGUAACAUGUAGAGCUCAUUUCUUUGAUAUGGAGUGUGAGUUUGAUCAUGUUGCAUCUCUGGUAACCAUGGGGGCCAUGAAUAGGGAUGGUACAAAACCUUUUAAAUUUUUUAACAUGUGGCUUAAACAUGAACACUUUAAUGGCAUUUAGGAAAGUGUUUGGAGUAGGAAUGUUGUUGGUACGGCUCAGUUUAGACUUGCUAGAAAACUGAAACUACUCAAACAGCCCCUUAAACAACUCAACAAGAACGAGUUCAGUCACAUCACGGCUAGGGCAAAAGAAUCAAAGAAGAAAUAUAAGAGAAUCUAUCAACUGGCUCUCUUAUCUCCUCACGAUGAUGUUCUAAAUGAAGAAAUGUCUAUUGCCAAGAAAAGGGCAUUAUUUUUUAAAGAAGCCGAGGAAACGUAUCUUAAACAGAAAGCUAAGGCUAUUCAUAAAAUUCAAGCGGAUAGAGGAACGAGAUACUUCCAUUCUAUUGUUAAAAAGAGGCAAACCCAGAACACUAUUGCAUCCCUAAAAUUGGAAGAUGGAAGUCUUACCAAUUCUUUGGACCAAGUAGCUACUGAGUUUAUUUCCUUCUUUAAAGGGUUAUUUGGAACUUCAGUUGACUCUCAAAAUUUUGACCCACUGGUUAUGGCAUCGGGUCCUACCAUUGAUGCUACACUUGCUAAUGACCUUAUCCGGCCUGUUACGGAUUUGGAAAUUAGGCAAGCUCUGUUUGAUAUUGGUAAUGAGAAAGCUCCAGGACCUGAUGGAUACUCAUCAACUUUUUUCAAAACGAAUUGGGAUAUAGUGGGUGAGGAUAUGUGUGAGGCAGUUAAAGAGAUCUUUGUUUCCGGGACCCUGCUUAGGCAGGUUAAUCACACUGUGGUUGCCCUCAUCCCUAAAACAAAACACUCCCCUACUGUUUCUGAUUUCAGGCCAAUCUCCUGUACAAAUGUGACUUAUAAGAUUAUUACUAAGAUACUUGCAUCUAGGCUUGGUCCUUGUCUCUCAAGCAUUAUCAACCCAGCACAGGGAGCUUUUGUGGAUGGAAGGUUGAUGUAUGACAACAUCUUCCUGGCACAAGAGUUAGUAAGGGGAUAUGCUAGGAAAAGGGCUAGCCCCAGGUGUAUGAUUAAAAUUGAUCUUAGGAAGGCCUGUGACACUGUUUCUUGGGGUUUCCUAGACAGAGUACUUAGGCAGAUUGGUUUACCUGAUAUGUUUGUAAAUUGGAUUAUGGAAUGUGUUUCUACUUCUUCUUUCUCUAUCUCCAUAAAUGGUGUUCUCCAUGGAUGGUUUGAGGGGAAGAGGGGACUUAGGCAAGGGGACCCAAUGUCUCCCAUGUUGUUUGUCAUUUGUUUAGAGUAUCUCUCAAGGAUGCUGGACAUUAAGACCUCGGUUCUUACUUUUUGCCAUCACCCUUUGUGCUUUAAAGUAAAGAUUUCACACUUAGCAUAUGCAGAUGACUUGAUGUUAUUUUCCAAGGGGGAACUACACAUCUAUUAAGAUAUUGGUGGAUGCUCUUAAUGACUACGGCCAGGUCUCGGGACUUAUGGUUAAUCAUGAUAAAUCCAAUAUCUUUUUAGGAGGGAAUGUAGCGAACCAAUUGGCUUACAUUAUGCAUAUGGUGGACUUUCAACAAGGAGUAUUUCCUGUUAAGUAUUUGGGUAUUCCACUUGCACCUUUAAAGAUAUCGGUGGCACAGUUUGCUCCUUUGCUUGACACUGUUACAGAUUAUAUAAAUGUGUGGAACACAAAGACCUUAUCUUAUGCAGGUAAAGUGGAGUUGAUAAGGUCAGUUAUGCAAGGGGUCCAAUCUUUUUGGCUUGGUAUUUUUCCUAUUCCUAGAGCAAUACUUGACCGGAUUACUUGCAUAUGUCGUAUUUUUCUUUGGGGGGUAAGCAUGCUAAAGUUGCAUGGGAUGAUAUUUGCUUACCCAUAGAAGAGGGGGGUUUGGGUUUAAAAAGCACAAAGAUAUGGAAUCAUGCUCUCUUGUCUCGAACCCUUUGGAAUAUACAUUCCAAAAAAGACUCACUUUGGGUUAGGUGGAUGCACGGGGUGUAUCUCCAUGGGAGGGAUGUGUGGAAUUUUAUUCCACACAAUAGAGAUUCUUUGCUAAUAAAAAGGUUUGCUUUGAUUCGAGAUAUGAUUGUGUCCAAAUUUUCCUCUAUUCAUGAGACAGUAGCUUAUCUUGGUAAGAUAGCUAUUGAUGGAAAACUUUCAGCAUCUAAGGUGUAUGAUUUACUUAGGAUUAAGGGUGCUCCUCACCUUUGGAUGUCUUUUAUAUGGAAGUCAUAUAUACCCCCCAAGUUUUCUUUCAUUGCAUGGCUAGCUUUUCGUAAUAGGCUAGCUACAUAUGAUAACUUGGGAUAUCUUGAUGUGAUUAAUGUAUGUCCUUUUUGUGAGGGUAAACCGGAAACGGUGGCACACCUAUAUUUUGAAUGUUAUAUUACAGGACAGGUUUGGACAAAAAUAAAGGCAUGGCUCGGCAUUGCAAGGCACAUGACAACGUUGCGAAGCGCGGUCAAAUGGAUAAAGGACUAUAAUGGUGCACACAUCAAGGCUAAAGCCGUGAUGAUAUCUUUUUGCUACACUAUAUAUUGGAUGUGGAGAACAAGGAACUCCAUUUGUUUUGAAGCCGCAAAGGUCAACGUAGAAGACAUAGUACACCAUAUAAAGUUUAUGGUGUAUAAAGUGCUUUACUCCAUAUAUCCAUACCAUAUGAUAACAUUCUGAUAUCAUUUUGCUGUUUCGUAACCAUUUUUUGUGAUGGCUAGCAUGAAUAUGUAGCUAGGUAGGUUUUUGUUUUUUGCGUGGUGGCAGGGCAUCCUUCCUAGGGAUGACCUAUAUGGCUUUCUCUGGUUUUUUGACUGUUGUACAGUUGUACAUAAACACUCUUGGAUAUAUAUAUAUAUAUAUAUAUAUUUACAGUUUAUCCAAAAAAAAUAAGAUAAGUAUAUAAUCCAUAUCAGGGACACUAUGAAGCCAAUCAAAAAAAUAUUUUCGCCAUCACAACCUGAGUAAUCCUCAUAAUGGAGUAUGUUUUGGGUUAUGGCGUAAUUUAUUCUGGUCUCUGAUGUGGAACAGUAAAAAGGCUGCGAUGUCAUGUGAUGAUAAGACGUACUAUUGAGAUACAAAAAUAAAAGGGUAACUGAAGCUUAAAUUAGCAUAUGGCUGGUAUGCUCUGUAGGUGAAAUUAAAAGUUGAACGGGUACGCAGUUCAGGUGCUUAAAUAUGUUUUUUAUUGGUAUACUGUCGGACAGACUUUUUGUUUCAAAUUUUUCCACCCAGUUUACUUCUUGAAUGACCCUCCCACAUAAUUGAUUGCAUCAGUAGAAUUUUUCAUUCACUUCUACUUUGAUUAGAUUUUAUAAUGUUAUAAUUCCUUACAUAGUCCAUUAAUAAACAUUAUUCUCUUUCAUCCCUCAGGUUCCUACAGAAUGUGGGGAAGUCAAAUGUCAUGAAUUUUCAAAUCCAGUUUGCUACAGGAACACGAGAUUCGCGGUGCCACAACCUGAUUCCUUGGAUAAAUUUCAGGGGGAAAAGGUGCAAAUAGGCCCAUGUACUAACCAAAAAAGGUCAAAUAAGCCCUUAUUUAGGAUGCUCUGUCCGGCCGUCGUCAUUUCGGGUGGUUCCCGGUGGAAUUUUUUGAUGAAAUUUUUUGAGCAUCUUAUUUAUUAAGUCUAGUUUACUCAUACCAAAUUUCAGCUAAAACUUCAAUCGGGAAGACAUUCAAAUGAAUUCUUGAACAUAAUUGCGCAGUUAGAAGCGCAGAUAUCUUCAAGAAUUCAUUUGAAUGUCUUCACGAUUGAAGUUUUAGCUGAAAUUUGGUAUGCGUAAACUAGACUUGACGAAUAAGAUGCUCAAAAAAAUUCAUCAAAAAAUUCCACCGGGAACCACCCCAAAUGGUGACGGCCGGACAGAGCCUCCUAAAUAAGGGCUUAUUUGACCUUUUUUGGUUAGUACAUGGGCCUAUUUGCACCUUUUCCCAAAUUUCAGGGAGACACUGGAAAGGAAUCUCAUAUACUCCCUUCUAGGUCUCGAAAACGGGCAUUUCUGCACUACUCAUCAUUACUGGAAACAAAUAGCUAUAAACAAACAGUAGUACAUGAGACCUUACUGGAGCAGGUAGAUGAUGUUUCUUACCCAAGAGACCUUACUGGCUAACAAACAAAUGUGUGCUUUUAAUAUUAGGUUGGCUGGAUAUAACAAAAUGGAUAGUUGUUGCUUUUCACCCUUGAAUGACUCUGAUAGUGGUGUUUCUUGCUCUAUUGGUAGUUGUAGUGUUACUGGUGAAAGUCAUGCAGAGUUUCCUUUUCAUUUUGUACCAGGUGCGCUUUGUAGUGAUGCAGAGUCAGUUUGUUGUUCUGUAGUGCGGGGAAUGUUUAUUCUUCUCCUCAUCGUCCGGAAGAGGAUUUAGUAGAAAGCAUUUAUAGAUUAGAGUUCCAUGCUUAUCAUAGUAGUAUUCUAGAGGCAAUGUAAUGCUAUUGGACCCUUAAGUUGGGAACAGGAAACAAUGUCGACAAAUCUUUGCAUCACACUACAUAUCUCAAAUGAUGAUCAUUUGUUGGAAUUACAGAGAACCCAAUUUCUGCUAAAUCUAGCAAGUAGUAUGUCAGACAAUAGUUUGUAGCAGUUGGCUCACAUUUGUAAAAGUCAAGGUUUCAUUUUAACAUUGUAUCUUCUAUCUUGGUUAUAAAUUAUCUGAAUAUUUGGAUAAAUAGAUUGUUUAUCCAGGUACUUGAUUAUGU